UUGAGGAAUGUAGCCAACAGCUAACCAAUUUCUCCACUCUGCCAUGAGAAGACGGUGAUUUCAACCGAAAAAACUGCAGCCACAGGAACCAUGUCACGCCACAAUGUGGUGAACGGAUGCAAACUGGUCGCCGUGCUCAUUCUCUGGCUUGGUGCCUCUGCUGGAGACCAUCACACAGGUGGUGCUCAUGCAGCAGAGCUCCAGGAGCACACGGCACACAGCUCUGUUGGAUUGGAGGAGGUGGUGUUAGUGAUCCAGAGUCAGAGGAACUCCUUCCAUGCCCGUCGAGGUGCUCAGAGGAAGGUGGAGAUACUGCAGCAGGCAGCUGAACUGGGACAGGCAGUUCCAGUUGUUCUUCUUCUCCAUGAGCUGUCGCAGUAUGAGGGGGACUGGAGUAUCCUCCCUGCGCUUCCUCACCUCUCUGCCACUUAUGGUCACUUAGCAUCCUGGUUUUUCUUCAUCGAGGAGGAAACCAGCGUCACACUGCCUGUUCUGCUGCAGGUCCUCUCCAGAUAUCAAGCCCAAGAGGAAUGGUUUUUGGGUAAGCGUCUCCAUGACAACGAGGCCUCCAUUAUCCACCACUAUGCCUUCUCUGAAGACCCCACUUCCUUCAGUUACCCUGACCCAGCAGCAGGCUGGGCUCUCAGCACGCCACUGCUUAAGAGACUCGCCAAGCGGAUCCAACACGAUCACCUGAAGUCAGACUUUACUAUCGACUUGAAACAUGAGAUUGCGUUGUACAUUUGGGAGGAGGGAAAAGGUCCAAAGCUGACAGCAGUUCCAGAGUUCUGUACAGAGUCAAGAGACAACUGUGCUACGACAUUCACAACCUACCUGCCCAACUGUGGAGAUCCAGUGCCGAAGGAAGAUGUAUUUGUUGCUGUGAAAACUUGCCAUAAAUUCCACUCAGAGCGAGUACCGGUGGUGAGGGCAACCUGGGAGAAAGAUGCUGUGUCUAUAGAGUAUUACAGCGACGUCGCUGAUGCCUCCAUACCCACAAUCAGUCUGGGAGUGCCCAACACUGAGAGAGGGCAUUGUGGGAAGACAUUUGCCAUCUUGAGGCGGUUCCUGAGCAAAGAUGUGCCAAAGGCUGAUUGGCUACUCAUUGUUGAUGAUGAUACGCUCAUCAGUUUGCCCAGGCUGCGGCGACUGCUGCGUUGCUAUGACCCAAAGGAAGCGGUGAGCCUGGGGGAGAGAUACGGCUACAGUCUGCUACAGAACGGAUACAGCUACACCACAGGAGGAGGGGGAAUGGUGCUCAGUCGGGUGGCGGUGUCCAGGCUACUCUCCAGUGGGUGUCGCUGCUACAGUGAUGAUGCUCCCGAUGACAUGGUGCUCGGCAGGUGCUUCAGUUCCCUGGGUGUUCCCAUCACACACAGUCCACAAUUCCACCAGGCCCGACCGUAUGACUACUCUGAGACACUGGAGCAGGCCAUCUCCUUCCACAAGCACUGGAACAUAGAUCCCAUCUACGUCUACAAACACUGGCUGCAGGACACACACCCAAGAGAUGAACUGUAGAAACACUGUGUGUAUACAGUAUGUGUACUGGACUGUAGACUAACAGUGAAUCAUAAUUUGCACAACAGCGUAGAGCUAAUGAUGAUAGAACAAUCACCAACCACGACAGUGACUUUGAUGUCCACAAAAAUUCUUCAUGCGUGCCCUAAAAUAUAGUUCUUACAAGCCUUAAUGCCUGCAUUGAUCAAUAUUUUUUAUAUCAAUGUUAAAUCAAAAGACUUUGUUUAAUGUCGGAGCGGAAUUUUCACCUGAGUUUUUGGCUCUACAGAGGUUUUUAGCUUAAUUUAGCUCAUCAUUUUGGUUUGAUGGCCUUUGCAGAAACACCCAGACCACAUUGCCUGUCCGAGCAGUGCAUGACGGUGACUUUGCUGAACUGCUGUCGCUUGCACAUGUGCGGUGAUUACAUACAGCGUUGUUGUUGCACCGCUGCUGCAGAGCUGCCUGCUGCUAAAACAACUGUAUUUCCUAAAUUAAACGCCGGCAAUCAUUUAUGGAGCUGUGCAAGCCACUGCAUUGUCAACAACAUGGUCAUAACAAUAUUUCACAAUAAAAAGCUUUUUGUUGACAGAUGAAGGGAUUCUGUCAACAGAAACAUUGUCAGAGGGCUUUUAUUUUAAAAUGGAAACAUUUUUAUCAUCAUAAUUUUAUCACGUCUGUGACAGAUAUAAACAUUGAAACUAUAGUGAAUGGUGAUGUAACAUCAAUAUGAUUAUCAAAAGACCAUUUUCGCUGUCGCACACGCGCUGCUUACUCAGGCAGUGUGGCCAGGGCAUAACUGCCAAAGCAAAAAAGUUACAUAAAACCAAACAGCAAAUAAACAACCUGAGUGGAUGCAAAUGUUUCUUUGUCUCUGCUGGACGGAUAUAAGCAAGUGUGUAAGCCAUAUGAGGGUGACUGUGUGUUUGUCGACUGGUGCCCCCUUGUGACCAAAUAUUGAUCACUGUAAUGCAGCUUUACGAUACUUCUCAAAACUGUAAAAAUAGCUGGUGAAAAAGCUUCUUCAACAGUGCUAGUUGCUCUGUGAGGCUGUACUAGGGCACAGCAGUGUUUUGAGCUAUGAUGCUAACACUAGCAUGCUAACAUCCACCAAAUGUCAGCGCUAACAUGCCGAUGUGUAGCUGGUACUUUUACUAUGGUCAGUAUCCUAGUUUAGCCCAUAGAGUGUAAUAGUCUAGAUACUGGACGCCAAGAUGGCUCCUACUCAUUCCAGUGGAGUUGCCUGCCUGGCCAUACACCAAAAAAGUUUUCUCGCCUCCAGGUUUAAUUCCGCCGUGUGCGUCCCACUGAAUAUGUGCAAUAGUGUUUCUCCUGCUGGCCCCGCCUGCAAGUUCCCACACUGCUAUCACUUUACUCCCGAACAAAAUUUUAACUUUGAACCAAGCUGUUUUAAUUUAUAAAAUAAAGAUUAUGUUAAUAUAUUAGUUAAAAUGUCCUCCUCAUUUUUGAGUACUUGAGUGUUACAGUAAGAAAGGUGAGAAUAUGAAUGAUCUGUGUUGUAUUGGUGAAGAGACAUCCUUUGUUUAUUUGUUUUAUUUUAUUUAUUUAGCUAAAUACAUCCCGUAGAGUUUGGAAACCACUACAAGGGAGACAUGGCCAUGACGGCAGCCUGAACAGUUUCUGACAAAACAAAAUCAAGCAAAAGCUUCAAUAAAAUACUAAUAAAAACAGGUAACAAUACUAACACAGCUAAAAUACUGGAAGUUAAGCGCAUAGAGAUAAUUAACAAAAAAAAUCACUCACCAAAAAACUUACAAUAGUCUUAUUAAUAACAUGAACAUAAUCCAUUUAUUUCAGUAAUAUUUUUUAUCUUUGAUAAAAACUUCCGCGUGAGGAGUUGAGUGAGUGUAGUGAGUAUUUUUAUGAACUUCCUGUUUGUAUGUGAACUUCUACUACUGGAAUAUGAUGAUGUGACUGAAUCUCAAACGGAGGAAUUUUCAGCCGAGUUUUGUAGAAUUUUGUUUUUUAUCUGUGAACGGCAGAACGGUGUGUUUGUGGGUUAGUCAGUGUGGACUGGUGUAAAAGUAAUUACAGCCACAGCUGUGCUAAAAUGCCUUUUUGCAGCUGUUUUGAUAAUGAAAGAUAUGCUUGUGCUUGCUUGCUUGUUGAA